AUGACAAAGGGGAUCCGCUUCUUGAUCCUCGACUGCCCCACAGAUUCGACACUCCCUUUUUACCUGGCAGAGUUGAAGAGGCACCGGGUUACGGAUGUGGUUCGGUGCUGCGAGCCAACCUAUAGCACCGAAUCCCUCCUUGCGGAACAUAUUUUGGUCCACGACUGGCCCUUCCGGGAUGGUGCUGUGCCCCCUGCAAGCAUCAUCAAGAACUGGCUCCAACUAGUCGACACCCGCAUCGUCCGUCGACUCCACAACCACCACCACCAACAACAGCAACGCAGCGGAUCACCCACCAUCUCUGAAGAAGAAGACGACUCCCUUAUCCCACCAACAAUCGCCGUCCAUUGCGUCGCCGGUCUUGGACGUGCCCCCAUCCUCGUCGCCAUUGCACUGAUCGAACUCGGGAUGGCGAAUCUGGAUGCUGUAGAGUUUAUCCGUCGACGGCGCCGGGGAUGUUUCAACAGUAACCAAAUCACCUACAUCGACGGAUAUAAACGGAACAAGAUCUUGAAGCACCCACUCGGUAGUGGGUCGGAACCGGAUUCUUCUUCGAAUGGAUCGUCGUCGAGAUCUGGAGGUGUCGUUGCAGGGGUCAAGAAUGGGCUGAGUAGAGUGUUUCGGCUUAAGGUGUGA